AUGGCUGAAGCAGCAGUUUCCUAUGUUGCAGAGCGGCUUAUAGAUCUUCUCCAGAAAAAAAUUGUUUUCUUGAAAAACGUCCAACAAGGAGUUGAAGGAAUGCAAAAUGAGCUUGUCAGGAAGGAGAUUGAAUCGAUUCAGACCAGAAUUCUUGAAAUAUCCAACCGUCGUGAAAGAUACGGCAUCAGGCAUAUUCAAGGUCUCGGAGAUGGGGAAGGGUCAAGCACAACACAUAAGAAGCUGCGUGAACUAAGACGCUCCUCUCCCUUGGUUGCCAACAAGGAUGUUGUUGGUCUAGAGAAGCAUGUGAACUCUGUCGUGUCAAUCCUUCUGAAGGAGGACAAACGGUUUUGUGUUGCUUCAAUUGUUGGUAUGGGGGGCGUCGGCAAGACGACUCUUGCCAAGGAAGUUUAUAACCGAACUCAAAUCAGAGACAAGUUUGACACUCGGGCAUGGCUUUAUGUGUCCCAAGAUUAUAAGCCCAAGAAGAUCGUCAAGGAACUCAUUUUACAACUGGCAAAUCCAGAAGAAGAUAAAGUGAAGAUAGUGGAAACGAUGGACAAAUUGUCAGCGGACGGUUUGGAUGGAAUGCUCCAGAGGCGUUUGAAAGAUACAUGCUAUCUCAUUGUUCUUGAUGACAUCUGGACGACAGAAGCAUGUGAUCUCAUUGUUAGGUCAUUUCCUGACAACGAUAAGUCAAGUAGAUUGCUACUUACCAGCCGCCAGAAGGAGGUUGUUUUGCAUGCAGAUCCCCAUGCCACACCCUACAAACUUGAUGUAUUGAGCAAAGAGGAGAGCUGGGAACUCUUUCUCAAGAAAGUAUUUGCUGAGGAUAGAGAGUGUCCACAGGACUUGGUGGACGUGGGAAAAGAGAUUCUGGAAAAAUGUGAUGGGUUGCCACUGGCAAUAACUGUCAUAGGAGGUCUCUUGGCUGGGAAGAAGAAGCAAAGAAGCCUUCUCCAAAAAGGCAAAGAUAUCCUUGUGAAGCAACUCAUGCACAUAUGGAUUGCCCAUGGUCUUAUUCAUCAAAAGGGAGAACAAACAUUAGAGGACAUUGUGGAGGAUUAUCUUGAUGAGCUAAUUGGCAGAAAUAUGCUUCAAGUAAUCCUAGUUAGAGCAGAUGACAGAGUUAAGAGUUGCCGGCUCCAUGAUCUCCUACGAGACUUUUGUAUAAUGAAGGCCAGGGAAGAAAUGUUUCUGGAGGUAGAUAAUCCAUCUAUAUCCCUCUCUGCAUCUCGGCACCGUGUCCUUUACUCUCCAGUAAAGAGGUACGAAUAUUUUGGAAAUUCAAAAUCGUAUAUAAGGUCUCUUCUAUCCUUUGAUUCAUCUUCUAAACUAGUUAACCUUGAUUGUAUUUGUACGGGUAGUUUCAAACUUCUCAGAGUGCUAUACAUAGACUCUCCUGGUUUAAAGGUGAUCUCAGAUAGUAUUGGGAAACUAUGUUCCUUGAAGUACUUAGGCAUAGGAUGGAAGACAUGUAUUAAGAAGUUUCCCCAUUCAAUAAGUCGUCUGCAAAACUUGGAAACGAUAGAUAUGCCCAUGUCUAGGUUUUAUUCUGUGAAAGUUCCUAAUGUCUUAUGGAAGUUAGAGAAUUUACGGCAUAUACUUGGUUACAUAAAUUCCCCCAGCCUAUUGAAGAUUGACCUACCUAACAAUCUCCAAACUCUAGGCAGCAUACCUGUUCAUCACUGGAUGCACCAUCAAAACCUGACUAGAAUGACUCAUCUCCAAAAAGUUGGUUUACUCAUUGGAAGUGCUGAUAACCUAGACAUGAAUCAAUUAUGUAAUUCACUUGCAGAGCUUAAGAGCCUUCAAUCCUUGUGUUUGGAAGUAGAGGGUAGAAGGAGAAUAUUUUUGGUUUCUGGUUUAUCUAAGUUGAGUCACGUUGUCAAGCUUAAGUUGAAGGGAGGCUUAGUAUCAAUGCCAGUUAAUUCUUGCGUAUUUCCACCUAAGCUUUGUCAGCUGACUUUGGUGAACUCAAAUCUCCAUCCAGAUUCAAUCCAAGUAUUGGAGAAGUUAGCCAACUUGUCAGUUCUAAAACUAGUCAAAGCCUUUUAUCAUUAUGAUAGGUAUCAAGAGUAUAGGAUAAGAAUAUCGGAGAAUGGGUUUCGUGGACUCAAGUUUCUCAGGAUGGAUCAACUAGUGUUUAUGAAAGCGAUGCUUCUAGGAAAAGGUGCAAUGGCAGGACUCGAAUGCCUGCAGAUCUUCAAAUGCUACUCGUUGACGAGGCUCCCAGGAGAGUUGAUAUCAUUGUCUAACCUUGAGAAGCUUGAGCUUCGAGGAAUGCCUAAAGAAUUUUUUGCUAGGCUUCGAGUUUCGGAUUUGCAGAAACUGCUACACAUUCCCAACGUUGUGGUUGGACAUCCCAGCACAGAUUAUGAAGAAUGGAUCCAAGAACAGGAGUGUAGCAAUAUGGCUGCAAGUACAACGGGAACAUGGGCCAAGAGAAAAUUUUCCUUGAAUCUUUAA